GUCCCCCUCUGGGCCCCCCUCCCACCGGGCCCUCCCCUCCCACCGACCCCGGGAUGUCCACUCGCGUGGCCUGGGGAGGGCGUGGCCUAGGACUCCGCCCCCUUCCGCGGGCUCAAAUUGCGUGGCGUCCGCGGAGGCGGGGUCAGAGCACAGCGGCGGAUCCUAGCGUGGCUCCGGGAGGCUGCGGAGCAGCGGCCCAUCUGGGCACUCAGGAACAGACACCAUGGAUUCCUUCAAGGUAGUGCUGGAGGGACCAGCACCUUGGGGCUUCCGGCUGCAAGGGGGCAAGGACUUCAAUGUGCCCCUCUCCAUCUCUCGGCUCACUCCUGGGGGUAAAGCUGCACAGGCUGGCGUGGCCGUGGGAGACUGGGUGCUGAGCAUCGAUGGUGAGAACGCAGGGAACCUCACACACAUUGAGGCCCAGAACAAGAUCCGUGCCUGUGGGGAGCGCCUCAGCCUGGGUCUUAGCAGAGCCCAGCCUGUUCAGAGCAAACCACAGAAGGCCCUGACCCCUCCCGCCGACCCCCCGAGGUAUACUUUUGCACCAAGCGCCUCCCUCAACAAGACGGCCCGGCCCUUUGGGGCACCCCCACCUACUGACAGCACCCCGCAGCAGAAUGGGUGCAGACCCCUGACAAGUCAACAGUUGCUCAGACAGCUGGUCCCCGAUGCCAGCAAGCAGCGGCUGAUGGAGGAUACCGAAGACUGGCGGCCACGGCCGGGGACAGGCCAGUCCCGCUCCUUCCGCAUCCUUGCCCACCUCACGGGCACAGAGUUCAUGCAAGACCCGGAUGAGGAAUACAUGAAGAAGUCAAGCCAGGUGCCCAGGACAGAAGCCCCAGCCCCAGCCCCAGCUUCAACUAUACCCCAGGAACCCUGGCCUGGCCCCACCACCCCCAGCCCUACCAGCCGCCCACCCUGGGCUGUGGACCCUGCAUUUGCUGAGCGCUAUGCCCCAGACAAAACUAGCACAGUGUUGACCCGGCAUAGCCAGCCAGCCACACCCACGCCUCUGCAGAACCGCACCUCCAUAGUGCAGGCCGCAGCUGGAGGGGGCGCAGGAGGGGGCAGCAAUAAUGGCAAGACUCCCAUCUGCCACCAGUGCCACAAGAUCAUCCGGGGCCGCUACCUGGUAGCGCUGGGCCACGCAUACCACCCUGAAGAAUUUGUGUGCAGCCAGUGUGGAAAGGUUCUGGAAGAGGGUGGCUUCUUCGAGGAGAAGGGGGCUAUCUUCUGCCCCUCCUGCUAUGAUGUGCGCUACGCACCUAGCUGUGCCAAAUGCAAGAAGAAGAUCACUGGAGAGAUCAUGCAUGCUCUGAAGAUGACCUGGCACGUGCAUUGCUUCACCUGCGCUGCCUGCAAGACACCUAUUCGCAACAGAGCCUUUUACAUGGAGGAAGGGGCGCCCUACUGCGAGCGAGACUAUGAGAAGAUGUUUGGCACGAAAUGUCGAGGCUGUGACUUCAAGAUUGAUGCUGGAGACCGCUUCCUGGAAGCUCUGGGCUUCAGCUGGCAUGACACAUGCUUUGUUUGUGCAAUCUGUCAAAUCAACCUGGAAGGAAAGACCUUCUACUCCAAGAAGGACAAGCCCCUUUGCAAGAGCCAUGCCUUCUCCCACGUCUGAGUGCCUUCCACAUACUGUUGCCGCCCCACCCUGCCUGAGGGGUGAGAAAUCGAGAGUGAUCACCCUCAAAAUUUCUGGGUAGGGCUGGCAGUGGUUGUCCCAGCCCCAACUCCUGGCCGGAUCCUGGGGUUCCCUGAAUCCUGUUUCACCUUCACAAUCCCCUUACUUCACUUCCAUCACCAUCACUCACUGGUGCUGGCCAUGCUAGGCCCGGUUCCAGUGCCACAAUAAACCUGUA